AUGGUGAGAGUACGCACGCCGGGACGAUUCGUGGUUCCACAUUCUCAGCAGAUGAAGAACAGCGCAAACACGUCGCCGAGUGACUGCGGUGCUGAGGGGCACAGCAAGCGCAGCGUUCGGCAGAGUUGGAAGAGGCAGGCGUCGGCGUCACUGCAGAGACGGCCGAGUGACUUCGCAAGUUCCUUGCCGGUACGCGCUACUGAGGCAGCGAGGCCAAGGUCCCAGAAGCCGAGCGGGUACGGUAAGCUUAUGCGGCAGGAGGCUGGGACAGCUGUCUGUGAGGAACGACUGCAGCGGAGAUGUGGGCGGGCAGUUGUGACUUGCGUCGGUGGCCUGCCUGUCGAAGGUGUUACACUGCCAGUGGGAGGACGGCACCUGCCGACCGUAGUGGCACUCCCGCCAGCCCUUGGUUGUGGCGGUGGCACGGCAGCACUGGGCGUAGAGGAAAUACAGGACGCGACACAGGCGGCAUAUUAUCCGUCUCAUCAUCUCCAGCAGCUCGUCGGGGUCGGCCGGGUAGUGGAGCUGUGCGGUGUUGUUGGCGAAGUCGACGGAGUAGGGAUAGGCGGCGAGGUCAAAGCCGCGGCCGUGGCCCUGGAUUGCGAUGAGCAGCAAGUCGGCGUGUGA